GAAGUCCCGGCCUCCUCGCGCGCGCGCGCGCGGUUUAGAGCGACCCCGCACGUGGCGGCCCCGGCUGCACGCGCCCGGAGACCCCGCGGCCCCGCCGGGCGCCCUCGCGCGGAGCCAACUGUGCGAGCUCACGAGGGCGCUCGGCGGAAGUGGGCAGCGGACGGACGGCUCGCGGCGGCUGCCGCCGGGAAACGCAGCCCGGCGGACCUCGCUGGCGCUCUGGCUCCGGCGUCGAGAGGUCAUGAAACGAGUGCGCACGGAGCAGGUUCAGGUGGCAGUGUCCUGCUACCUCAAACGCCGGCAGUACGUGGACUCAGAAGGCCCUUUGAAGCAAGGCCUGAGACUCUCACAGACCCCUGAGGAGAUGGCGGCCAACCUCACAGUCCAAUCAGAAUCUGGUUGUGCCAAUGCGGUGUCUGCAGCCCCUUGCCAGGCAGAACCCCAGCAAUAUGAAGUACAGUUUGGACGACUGAGGAACUUUCUCACUGAUUCUGACUCCCAGUACAGCCAUGAAGUUAUGCCUCUCCUCUACCCUCUCUUUGUCUACCUCCACCUCAACCUGGUCCAGAGUGGCCCCAAGAGCACCGUGGAAAGCUUCUAUAGCCGCUUCCAUGGAAUGUUCCUGCAGAAUGCAAGUCAGAAGGACAUCAUCGAACAACUGCAGACCACGCAGACCAUCCAGGAUAUUCUGUCAAACUUCCAGCUUCGUGCAUUCCUGGACAACAAGUAUGUGGUCCGUCUCCAGGAAGAUAGCUACAACUACCUUAUCCGCUACCUCCAAAGCGACAACAACACUGCCCUGUGCAAGGUGCUCGCCGUGCACAUUCACUUGGACGUGCAGCCUGCUAAGAGGACAGACUACCAGCUGUAUGCCAGUGGUGGCUCCUCCCGCAGUGAAAGCAGCAGCCUGGAGCCACCAGAUGUGCCCAACCCUAUCCUGCAGAACGAGGCUGCCCUGGAGGUCUUGCAGGAGAGUAUCAAGCGGGUCAAGGAUGGACCUCCCUCCCUCACCACCAUCUGCUUCUAUGCCUUCUAUAACACAGAGCAGCUGCUGAAUACCGCAGAGAUCUCCUCUGACAGCAAACUGCUGGCUGCUGGGUUUGACAACUCCUGCAUAAAGCUCUGGAGCUUGCGGUCCAAAAAGCUGAAGUCAGAGCCCCACCGUGUGGACACAUCCCGUGUCCGGCUGGCUUGUGACACUCUGGAGGAGGAGGAGAGCGAAGACGAUGACGUAGGCACGGAAAUGAAGAUUCUGCGGGGACACUGUGGCCCAGUGUAUAGCACACGGUUCCUCGCGGACAGCUCAGGGCUGCUCUCUUGUUCUGAAGAUAUGUCCAUCAGGUACUGGGACCUGGGGAGCUUCACCAACACUGUGCUGUAUCAGGGACAUGCCUACCCUGUGUGGGACGUGGACAUCAGCCCCUACAGCCUGUACUUUGCCAGUGGGUCCCAUGACCGUACCGCCAGGCUGUGGUCUUUUGAUCGGACGUACCCGCUGAGGAUAUAUGCAGGGCACCUGGCAGAUGUGGACUGUGUCAAAUUCCACCCCAACUCAAACUACUUAGCUACCGGCUCCACUGACAAAACUGUUCGUCUAUGGAGUGCCCAGCAGGGGAACUCAGUGCGGCUUUUUACAGGUCACCGAGGCCCCGUGCUCUCCCUCUCCUUUUCUCCCAAUGGUAAGUACUUGGCAUCUGCUGGUGAGGACCAGCGGUUAAAGUUGUGGGACUUGGCCUCUGGGACACUUUUUAAAGAACUGAGAGGCCACACGGACAGCAUCACCAGUCUGGCCUUUAGCCCGGACAGCGGUCUGAUUGCUUCUGCCUCCAUGGACAACUCUGUACGCGUCUGGGACAUCAGAAGCACGUGCUGCAACACACCAGCUGACGGCUCUUCUGGGGAGCUUGUGGGCGUGUACACUGGGCAGAUGAGCAACGUCCUGAGUGUACAGUUCAUGGCCUGCAACCUCCUCCUAGUGACUGGAAUCACACAAGAGAAUCAAGAACAUUAAGUUUUUAUCCAGGUGGCAGACUGGGUGGGGCUGGAAGAGUGGUCACAGUCCAGGACUUGCUAAAACUGAAUCAGUGAUUGCAAAAGAGCCUUCCCCUACCCCACAUGCACUCUACACAGCCCUGGUGCACAAGACUCCAGUUGAGAGCUGGGAAGCUCCCCCCAGGCCUGAGGCCUCCUGCUUCAUGCAGGCAUCGUGCUUUUGCAUCUGUCUCUUCCCAGUGGGUGUACUGGACAGCUGCACAGCUCUCCCUAUAGCAGCUGUAGACAGUCUCUCCUGUGGCUGCCCCUUGAGGGAAGUGGGGACAAAACCAGGAUUUUUAUUAUAUAAUUAAUAAUUUUAUUAUUGAGAAGAGGAAACCUAGCACUGGCAGCAAGUGACUCUUGGCACUGGAUAUAAUACUUGGAAUUUUGAGGUUCAGGGAAUUUAGACUCUGGUGGCUUAGUGUAUCAGGAGAAAGGGGCACCAUAACCAUAUGCUGUGCUUCUGUGGGCAGGCAGGCAGGUAGCGACUGAGCAUGGGCUCCUGCAGUGAUGGUGGCAGAGGUGGUUCUUCCAUUGGCUGCACUUUUGUCAGCCUUUAUACCCUGGGGAGAAGCACUGUGGUGGGCAGAGGGUGAGCCUCAGCGCUGCGCCAGUCAAC